UCUACCCUGAUGGCUGCAUCAAGCUCAUUCUCUUGGUUGCCUUGUGUAUUCCUGCUGUUCUCCCUUCUCCUGGAAGUCUUCGCCAGGCCAUCCCAGCCAAUAAUCACCCCCCCUUCAGGCCGAGUGGAUUCAGGAGCCAUGGCAACUUUCACCUGCCAGGCAAGUAAAUUCCAUUCCGAAGACAUCACAGUCACCUGGACCAAAAAUCAGAACCAGAUUGAAGCCCUCCCGCCCACCAUUACGCCAGGAAAAAAAAACACCUACCACAUGGAGAGCACCGUGCAAGUGCUACUCACCGAGAAAGAUAUCGACUCAACACUCGCUUGUCAAAUCGAACACAGCAUCUUAUCAGAAAGCCCCAUUCAGCAGAGUUUUGAUCUCGGAGAUGUCCUACGAGUUGCACCACAGGUGACAGUGGAAACCAGCCUGUCUUCUCCCAUCCCAUUGGAUCAUUCUGUGAAACUCACCUGCAUAGUGAAUAACUUUUAUCCCAAUGACAUCAAGGUGGCCUGGUGGAGAAGUGACUACCGCAACUUUACACAAAGGGCUGGUCAUGGGGAUCUAAAUGUAGAUGGGACAUUCUCCCUCAGACUUCUCUUAUCUACACGGAAAAGUAGACGGAGCAUGACCAAUUACACCUGCCAAGUGAUUCAUGAUUCUCAAAGUCCAGUUUACGUAUCUAGAGUAUUGAAAUUUGAGAUGCAGCCUGAAGAAAAUGGAAACGUUUGUUUCAUUGAGUCAGGUCUGUUUCUGCUCUCCAACCAUGGUCUCUGGAUAGGGUUUCUUCUCGGCAAGAUUGUGACUGCUCUCCUCCUCUUGUGCCUUUUCCUGAGCAAAUCAGCUAGCAGGAAUGCAUCAACACAGAAGCCAAAGGGCUUGGCCAAGUGAUCUGCUGAUGGUUUCUUUGUGCCUAAUGCUGGCAUUACACCUUGCCAUAACAAGAAACUGUUAAUAACUAAUAGUUAAUUUUAAACAAUAAAUUGACAAGGCCUUAUGGAAUGGUUUGUACCUUGUGGUUUUUGCUAACCGUAACCCAAGAAUUGCACUUCUGCUAAUCUUUGUUCUUCUGGUCACCACUUUGCUUUCAAUGUUGCCGAGUUUGUUCCCAUUCACUAUUUUCUCCUAAGGUAAAGGAGAUGUUGUAGCAUCCAGGUUAGAGGGGCCAGGAAGUAUUGAGGAAGCAUCCACGAUUAAAGCUCCUACAAAAAUAGCGUGCUUGAGCUUGAGGAUAUUCUUGUAUGGUCCAUGAAUACUUGGGUUAGGGUAGAAAUAUAUGUUACCAAGUACUUAGGGGCCCUCAAGUGAACCUCAUUUCAUGUGCCUCCCCCUCCAACUUUCCAUGCACUUGCUCGCACAGUCACACUUCUAUUCUAUA